GGACCUCGACCCCUGCAGCUCCUGAUGCGUGUCAAUUCAGGUCUGGGUGGGAGCUCCAAAGUGUCCUCUCCAGCUUCACACGAAGCGGCGAGAGAAUCGCAGCACCACAACUAGACCUCCCCCACCACCCGGCCUCUGGACAGGACGACGCCCCCAACGGACCAGAGGAUCUCGACGCGACUGCGGAGGGCCACGAUGUCGGCCGGAACCCUGGACAUCUUUGGCAGCAAGGGCGAGAGCUUCCGGACCCUGCUGCGUGUCAUUAUUCUCUUCCUGAUCGCCGGCGCUGCUAUUUCCAGUCGCCUGUUUUCCGUCAUCCGUUUCGAGAGCAUUAUCCACGAGUUCGAUCCGUGGUUCAACUUCAGGGCAACAAAGUACCUAGUCGCCAAUGGCUUCUACGACUUUUGGGACUGGUUCGAUGACCGCACUUGGCACCCGCUGGGCCGUGUCACGGGCGGCACACUGUACCCUGGUCUGAUGGUGACGAGCGGCGCCAUCUGGCACGCCCUGCGCGCACUCUCGGUGCCCGUCGACAUCCGGAAUGUCUGCGUCAUGCUGGCGCCCGUCUUCUCGGGCCUAACAGCCUUCGCCGCCUACCUGCUGACCAAUGAGAUGACGACCAACUCGGCGGCCGGUCUCCUCGCCGCCGCCUUCAUGGGCAUCGCCCCCGGCUAUAUCUCGCGCUCCGUCGCGGGCAGCUACGACAACGAGGCCAUCUCCAUCUUCCUGCUGGUCUUCACCUUCUAUCUCUGGAUCAAGGCCCUCAAGCUCGGCUCCAUGCUCUGGGGUGCUCUCUGCGCCCUCUUUUACGGCUACAUGGUGGCAUCGUGGGGCGGCUACGCCUUCAUCACCUGCCUGCUGCCCCUGCACUCAUUUGUCCUGAUCUGCAUGGGCAGGUACAGCACCCGCCUCUAUGUCUCAUACACCACUUGGUACGCCCUCGGAACUCUGGCUAGCAUGCAGAUUCCUUUUGUUGGGUUCUUGCCGAUAAAAACGAGCGAGCACAUGCCGGCAUUGGGAAUCUUUGGCUUCCUCCAGCUGAUGGGCUUCCUGGACUACGUCCGGGCCGCCAUCCCUGGCCGCCAGUUCCGUACUUUCCUGGUCAUCUUCUCAGCCGCCGUAUUCGCGGUUUCCCUGUUGGGACUUGUGGUUGCCACCACGGCCGGAUACAUUGCUCCUUGGGGUGGCCGCUUCUACUCGCUCUGGGACACCGGCUAUGCCAAGAUCCACAUCCCCAUCAUUGCGUCCGUCUCGGAGCACCAGCCCACUGCCUGGCCCGCCUUCUUCUUUGACCUGAACUUCCUGAUCUGGCUGUUCCCCGCAGGUGUCUACCUCUGCUUCCAGAACCUCCGUGACGAGCAUGUCUUCAUCGUCGUCUAUGCCAUCUUCGGCAGCUACUUCGCCGGAGUCAUGGUCCGUCUGAUGCUCACCCUGACCCCUGUGGUCUGCGUCGCGGCUGCCAUGGCGGCCUCGCAGAUACUGGACUCGUUCCUGUCUCUCAAGACGCCCAAUACCGCGACCUCGGGUGCCGACGAGGGCUCGGAGGAGUCGUCCAAGAAGGCUGCCAAAAAGGGUGGUCUGAGGUCGACCAGCAGGCCCAUUGUUGGCAUCUACAGCUUGAUCUCCAAGGGGAUCGUCACUCUUGCCAUGACUGUGUACCUGCUCCUGUUCGUCAUGCACUGCACAUGGGUCACUUCCAACGCGUACUCGUCGCCUUCAGUUGUGCUAGCCAGUAGGAUGCCGGACGGCAGCCAGCACAUCAUCGACGACUAUCGCGAGGCGUACCAGUGGCUGCGACAGAAUACGAAGGAGGAUGCCAAGAUCAUGUCGUGGUGGGACUACGGCUACCAGAUCGGCGGCAUGGCCGACCGCCCCACCCUGGUUGACAACAACACGUGGAACAACACGCACAUUGCGACCGUCGGCAAGGCCAUGAGCUCGCGCGAGGAGGUCAGCUACCCCAUCAUGCGCCAGCACGAAGUAGACUACGUCCUGGUCGUGUUUGGCGGCCUCCUGGGCUACUCGGGCGACGAUAUCAACAAAUUCCUCUGGAUGGUCCGCAUUGCCGAGGGCAUCUGGCCCGAGGAAGUCAAAGAGCGGGAGUUCUUCACCAGCCGUGGCGAGUACCGUGUUGACGACGAGGCCACGGAGACCAUGAAGAACAGCUUGAUGUACAAGAUGUCGUACUACAACUACAACAACCUCUUCCCUCCCGGACAAGCCCAGGAUCGUGUUCGCGGUUCUCGUCUGCCCGAUGUCGGACCGACCCUCAACACGCUCGAGGAGGCGUUCACGAGCGAGAACUGGAUCAUCCGCAUCUACAAGGUCAAGGACCUCGAUAACUUUGGCCGUGACCAUGCUGCGGCCGCCGCGUUUGAGCGUGGACACAAGAAGAAGAAGAUGCUCAGGAGGAAGGGUGCCCGCCAACUCAGGCUGGACUGAUUGCAACUUUUGGAAAGUUGCAGUGGCUCUCCUAAUGAUAUGUGCCAAAAAGAAUGCCCUGGUAGAAUCCCAAGAGGAUAAAGGGGGGCAGACGGGAUAUCAAAAAAGUACAUGGAAAAGGGCAAGGGCAUGGGCAGGGAUAGAAGCCGAGAGCUAGUGAGCUAUAUCAGAUUUCCCUUGUGUUUGUACUACCGACCAUUUUUGCUAGUUCACGAUGAGAUUAGUCGAUCAGGCCGCAUAGAGAUCUCGGUUCCCAAUGAAAAGUUGAAAGGAAAAAGAAGCCUUGCCCCCAGCCCGGCGGGGCCAGGCUUGUAGUGACCUCAAGU